UAGGUGUUAUUUCAGAUGAGGAAAUGGAUGCCUACAAGAAAAUUAAGAAAGAAGUUCAAAGUGAGGCUCUGGAAGAGAAACUCCGAAACAAGCCCCUUCCAUGGCAAAUGUUCUGCACGUCUCCAACUAGAAGUAAGGAUGUCGACACUGUCAAAGAAAGCAAGAUGUCUGAUGUUGUGAAGGCAAAGGAUGGGAUGUCGUUCAACAUUGAAUUCAAAUCAACGAUUCCAAGGUUGCCACCUAUCAAAUUAAGGUCCACAACCAGAGUCGUCUAUGACGAAGAGUAUGAAAAGUGGAAAGAUGAAAGAGACAAGCUUCUCAGAGAAAAACAGGAGAAGGCAGAAGUCAGACGUAAAAAAACUCUUACAGAAGAAGAUAAUGGCGGCACAAAGACCUAAGACAGCUAGAUUCAGGAAUGCAGGGGAUGUUACACCAUUUUAUUAAAGAAAUCCUUCUGUCAAAUGAAAUAGAGUUUGUACAAACUAAUGUAAUUUUUUAAACAACUUUUGGAAACAAAGACAGUAUAUUUGCUUCAGAUCUUUUGUUUGGAUUUUUUUCUUCCUUGAUGUCGGCCCACAGAUACAGGGCUCAAAUUACUUACUUAAUUCUAUAACUCAAAAGACUUCUCUUCGAUUCUUCG